AUGAGAGAAUCCAAUUUUGAUGUGUUCGAUCCUAGAACGGUGUUCAUGGAUUUUCCGGAAGAUGAAGAUGGCUUCGACCACGGUGACUUCGGUUUUGCCUUCAACAAUAGCAAUUUCUCCGAUGUGUUCUGCACAUUUAUAUCUCUUUUGACCCGAUUGACUCUACACAGUCACCACCAGACAGGAAGAGUUAAAAGCUUUCAUAUUAGCUCCCAAAUUUUAGCUGCAAAAAGUCCAUUUUUCUACAAGCUCUUUUCAAACGGAAUGAGAGAGUCAAAGCAAUGCCAUGCAACCUUGCGAAUCAAUGCCUCAGAGGAAGCUGGUCUCAUGGAACUAUUGAAGUUUAUGUACAACAACAAUUUGACGGUUACAAGUGCUCCUGCUGUGCUUGAUGUACUAAUGGUUGCGGACAAAUAUGAUGUUGCGUCAUGCAUAAGACAUUGCAGGCGUUUAUUAAGAAAUCUAAUGAUCACGACCCCUGAAAUUGUACUUCUUUAUCUUGGUUUGCCUUCUAAUGUUUUGAUGGCGGAAGCGCUUCACCCACUAACUGUUGCCGCGAAGCAGUUAUAUGCUGUCCAUUACAAAGACAUUACCAAGUUUGAAGAUGAGAUUCUUAGGUUGCCACUUGCUGGUGUUGAGGCAAUUAUAGCUAGUGACGAUCUACAGGUGACAUCAGAAUAUGACGUUUACUUGUUUGUCCUCAAAUGGGCCCGGUCCCAGUACCCUAAUAUAGAGAACCGUCGUAAAAUCAUCAUGAAUCGACUUGUAAAGUUUAUUCGUUACCCUUACAUGACAUAUGAUGAGCUUCGGGAAUUCCUGUAUACCAAAGAGUUUGAGCGUAUGUUUGCGGUUUUGGCAACAUGUGAAGCAGUUGCUUUCAAAGAAAAUGCCCGAGAUCCGGAUUAUAUCAAGGAAAUUAAAUUCCAUCGGUUCGUGGAACGAGAAGCCUACAAGUAUCGGCCCGUUAAGACACGUGUGCAAGUUUGUUUCCAUUGGGCAUGGUUUAUUCUGAAUUGUAUAGUGAUCAAGGGUUUAACUUGGGUGAUCAAGAAAUUACCACUUGGAAAGGCAAAUAUGCUAGACGAUUUAAUUUUAGAUACUGGUUCUACUUCAUGUGUUUCAAACCGGUGGUUAACUAAACGGGAAGCUGGUCUCAUGGAACUAUUGAAGUUUAUGUACAACAACAAUUUGACGGUUACAAGUGCUCCUGUUGUGCUUGAUGUACCAAUGGUUGCGGACAAAUAUGAUGUUGCUUCAUGCAUAAGACAUUGCAGGCGUUUAUUAAGAAAUCUAAUGAUCACGACCCCUGAAAUUGUACUCCUUUAUCUUGGUUUGCCUUCUAAUAUUUUGAUGGCGGAAGCACUUCACCCACUAACUAUUUCCGCGAAGUUUGAAGAUGAGAUUCUUAGGUUGCCACUUGCUGGUGUUGAGGCAAUUAUAGCUAGUGACGAUCUAUAG